CCGACUAUGGACUAGACCAUUUGAGAUGAGACCAAACAGGGAAUUAAUCAAAGCCAGAGACUUACAUAGAUCUAGAUCUAAUUUAGCAAUCUAAACCCUUUUGAGAUUUGCUAUCAAUCCUCACUAGGUUGAAUACUAGUAGGCCUACCAUUCAGUGCAAAAGGCCAUCGCCGCAUAAUUCGAUCCUCCGCGCAUGCAGUCGACAGAUUGACAAAGAAAAUAUCGACAACAGAUUACCCUGGAAUUAACAAAGAAGUGAACCAGGAAUCCUCUACAUCUAUGGCAGUGGGGACGACAGAGACGCUUUCUUCAGGUGAUAUGACUAAUGACGGUAGAAAUGGCAUAUCACAGGCUGCCGCAAAGGGUUCAAUCGGAUUCCUCUCUGUCUUAGUCAUUGGUAUUCUACUUGUUUGUAUCGUCAUGACAGUAGUGAUGCAGAAAUACAGACGCAUCGCAAUGAAUCGCCAGUCUUCAAAUCCAAACUGUUACGACGGACCACAACGCGGGAAAGAUGGCACCAUGGAGCUUAAUACUGUCUCUGGGUCCAGGAUCAAAGACGAAUCUUCAACCAACCAAGCCGAUAUGUAUGAAUCACUUCAACAUGUUGACAGCAGAGAUUUAUCCUAUGAACAUAUUCAGAAACGAGAUAAAUAAACGAAUUAAUCAAAAGAUAUUCAACAUGCACUGUUUCAUAAUGCUUGUCAGAUCUGAUAAGUUGUCAUUAUCCGACAUUUGCCAAUAAGAGGACAGUGAUUCCGUGUUAUUCAAAAUUAAAGAUCUUUUAACGUUUCCAGACCUUACUGGUGACAGCUACCAUGAAUUGGUGCUUAGAAAUAUAUUGCAUUCCGGUUCUCACGCGCAUUAUUAAUGUAAACUUUAAUUAAUAUGAAAUCUAGAUCUUGAAUAUUGAUCGUCGUCGUCUUCAUCAAUGGAAUAAUCAACAUCAUUAUCAUCAUCAUCGUCAUCAUUAUCAUCAUCGCCAUCACCUUCAUCAUCGUCGUCAUCAUCAUUCAUCAUCAUAUUCAUAUUCAUACUCAUUGUCAUUCAUAAUAAUUUGUUGAUAUAUCUAUGCUCAGUGGACUUGGCGGCAGAGCAGAGUGGUAACCAUUACCACUCUGCACGAAUAGGUAAUCAAGCCAUUCAAUAUGUAUUCAUUGUCAUUUUACGCUGUAAAUAGUUGAGCUAACUCUUUUUUUUCUUUUGGGGUAUGUUUUUUUUAUUGUAAUACAAUAUGAUAAUCGAAUGAUCUAUGCAUUCUUUAAAAUGGAUAUAAGUGUUGCUAAUCUCAACCGUACCUAAAAAAAAUAUGAUAUUUUAGUUUUUAUGUCUUUGGAUUUUCCAUCUCGACUAAGAAUGGCUCUCCUCUUUAUUGCUAUAUCAUACUGUGGGUUAAACCAUGUGCACACAGUUCCUACUGAAACAAAUAGAGGGGGGGGUGAUGUUGUGUUCAUUGCCUUGCAAAUGGUGAUGGGAUUUUAAGCCCAUGACGAGGGAAGAUGUAAAUGUUAACCAGACAUUUCAUUUUCUUCAUUGAUAAAAUGCAAAUACGAUAAGUAGGGGGCGCUUUCAUGGGAAUGUACAUACAUGUGGAUAAAAUGAGUAGGCCACUAUGAGAUUGAACUCUUGACUUUCAUUUUUAUUUGCAGUUUAAUGUUUACAUCUAUGUUCAUGUUUCGUUAUAUCAUAACUACUUUGUGUACUUUGCACUUUGUACUUUUUGUCUUUGUGUAACGCUAUUUGUAACCUACUUAUCGAGGAAGGGCGCUAUAGAAAUGUGGAUAAUAAUCAUGAUAUCAUAAUCAUACAAAUAUUUUCCUUCCAUAGGCAAAAUACAUGACGGCAUUCUCUUCUAGUGGGGGAAUGUCACAGUAUGAUAGUCCCCCCACUUGGACAGUACGGUUUGCUUCGUGAGUUGAUAUCAGUGUUUCCUUCAUGUAGGCCUUAUUUCAUCAAGAAUUGUUAAUGUAAUUUAAUAGACUUUAAUGUUGCGUUUGAAUAGCAAUUUUGUUGUCUUAGGGACAAUUUGGGGGCAUUCACAUAUUUUGUUAUAUCAUUAACCCCAGCAAACAAAUGGACGUUUUCUGAACGUUGUUGUAACUGUCAAAAGUUCGGACGUUUUCUAAAAACGUUUUUAGGAUGUCCGUCUGUGGAAGGCCUUCGUUCUCUUUAUAACGUUUGAAAUUGUUAGAAAACAUUUUUAAAUGUAAAAAAAAUUAAAGAUUUCAAGAACCUGCUGAAAACAUGUUGAAUGUUGUGGACGAAUCACAACAUUUUAAAAUAUUCGCAACGUUCUAUGGAAGUUCAACGGACGUCCAGAAAACAUUAAGAAUCUGUCUAGAACAUUCAGAAAACAUUGAAAUUGUUCAAAACGUUUUAAAAACGUUUCGAAGCUCUGUGAGUAUCAUUUGCUAAUAAAAUUAAUACAAAAAUUAAAAUAUAUUUAUUAUAUACUUGUUCAUCUUCAUUCCCCUGUGAUACCCUUGCUAUUUCAAUACCUUUCCUUUACCUAGAUCAUAUAAACUCUCCUAAUCUACACACUUAAAAUGUUGGGCAACAUACUUUCCACUGUGUAGGGCAAUGUAUGUUGGUAAAAAAUAUAUAUAUAUUCUUGGCAAUUAUUAUCCAAUUGAGCAAAUUUAUUACCCAAUUUGGGCAGAUUUUAACCAAUAGUUGUGUGGUAUGUUACCCAGGGUUGUUUAAAAGUUGGUCAUUUUUGCCCAACUUUUUUAAGAGUGUAUUUUUAAUCUAACUACUACUCGUAUUCAGAUCUUUUACAAUAUCAGGUAGGGAUCAGAUCAUGUACCAAUGAAAUAACUCCCUGAAUUGCAUUAUGGGCUUUAGGCCUCUGCAAUCUAUGUCAAAUCAUUUUGCAUUAUAGAAUUCCCCAAAUAGCUUGUCAUUUAUUUUUUUCAAAGUAUGUUUUUGCAAAACAUGGUACGUUAAUAUUAAGGUAUUAUAAUCGAAUGUUUUCCAGUCUAAUGACGUUUUUAAAACAUUCCUCAAUAUUGUUAAGAAUACAAUAAGUCCAAUUCAUUUGAUGAUAAAGCCUACCCAAACAAAAAGUCGAUUUGAACAUGGACCUGUUCAUGAUUUGAAUAAAUAAUAUAAAAAUAAAACAUCAAACAAAGCGACAGGCAUGAUACCUACUCAAUUUUUUUUAGCAAACUUGAUUUAAAAAGUAAGUAUCUGGCUCCCUUAAAAAUUAUGCUCAAAACGCAACUGGAAGCAGGAAUAAGGCAAAUAAAGAAUUCGGGCAUCGGGGAAAAUAAAAGAAUUGGUUUCUAUUUGUUCUAAUCCAGGAUUGAAAUUUGACGAACGGGGGUUUCGGAUUGUGGUGACCCAGGUUCGAUUCCCACUUGGUGCACUAGCUUGUGCCUGUUUGGUAAUGCAUUUAUCCUCAUUAUCAGGUCCCUCGGAGAGGACCUUCCACCGUCGGUCCUCUGGCUGCUUGCUUACAAGUAUUCAUGCUUUCUUUGCAAGUAAGUAAAAAAAAAAUACCACCAUCAUUACAUUAAAAAAAAUAGGUCAGAUCAAAACUUGGAAACGUUUGGAACCAAAACAUGCAUAUUGUGCAGGUGUGAAAUGCAAGAAUAAUACAAUAAAAGAAUAAAAGCUUUAUUUGAUUGUCAGUUACACUUGUCGAACAUUUAAUUUUUUUUCUUGAAUGUGGGAUGAUUGAAUGUGUCUUUUAAUGCACAUCUUCUCCUUCGCCUUCUUCCUCUUCUCCUUUGCCUUCUUCUUUGCCUCCUCCUCCUCCUUCUUCUUUUAAACAACCAUUUUUAAUAGUUUUUAUACAACCAUUAUUUAUAUACAGUUGCACAAAAUUUAAUCAGAAUUGCAUAAAAAUCUUUUUUACAACCCGCUGUAUAAAACCAAGUUUUAAACAUAAUUUGUAUAAAACUUUCAUACAACCCUUUGUUUAAACUUUAAACAACCGCGUGCUGUCUAAUUUUCAAACAACGGUUGUAAGGUUCAUAUAGUAAACACCGGUUGUAUAAAAUUUUAUACAGGUUGUAUAAUUUUGUUUUUACUGUUUGGAGGACGUUUCAUGUUAUAACGUUUACGACCGUUUUAAACAUGUUCUUUAAAAAACGCUAUUUGCAUAAAAUGCCAAGUCCAAACUUUGUAAUUUCUAUUAUUAAUGUCUAUUUUAGACAAAGACGUAAUGAAUCUAAAAACGUUGUGUGUUUACUGGGAACAUGAUUAGACAGUUCAUUCUUCUCCAGUGUUUACAUUGUGCACAAUGUUUAUACAGCAUUAGCAGGUAGGUAUGUGUAAAUAGAUAAGUGCUCCUUAAAAUAUGGAAUAAUAUCAAUAACCAGGAAAUAAGUUUUGAAUUAUUGUGUCAAAAUCGUUCUGAAUAAAUCAUACCAAAAUGAAGGAGCCUGGGAGAUGUAGAAUUAUCACUUCAUUUCUUUUUAUCCAAUUACUGGUGUCUGUGUACGCCGUGGGUGAGUUUUAAUAUCAAAUUAUCUUGAUUUUUUUAAAUAAAAAGAAGGCAUGUUUAAUCGGACUUUCUACUACUGAUCAUUGGGUCGUAUAAUAUCAAUGUGACUGUCACACCAAACGGAACCUAUACUCAAGACCGACGAAUAUUAAUAGGAGUGGGCUGUACAGUAGUCAAAAAUAUAUAGAAUUUUUCAAAAUUUUACUAAGGAAACAGUUUUUAUGUCUUCCUUUUACAGUAUCUCAACAUGAUAUGACAACAUUUUUCUAGGGUCAGACAAAAAAACAUAUACCGGACCAAAAUUCGAGCUGGCCGCCAUUCCCAGAAAAUCACACUUUUGCCAUAUUUUUUUUUCAAUUUAUCGAUAAGGACAAGGGGUAGAAGAAUCCAUGAUGAUAUAAAAUCAUUAUUAAUAGGAGCACUGACGUACGCAGGGUGGUAAAGGUGUUCGCACCCCCCCCCCCCUAAUAUUUCAAAACGCCCCACUAAAUUUUUUUUGAAGAAUUUUUCGUUUUGAUUGUCAAUUUUUUU